AAAUUUGCAGAACUACAUGAAACAGGCUCUGAGGAGAACUUCCGGCGUAGAAGCUGCUGAAUCUGAACAUUUUGUCGUCAACUUUCUGCUCCGGCUGCUGCAGGACUCGAUGCUUCACGUCGGUUAGCUUUGAAAUCACUGAGGUUCAUCGUCAUGCUCCGUCAUUGUUUUCUCGUGAUCGGUGCCUUGCUCUCGUUGGCCACACCUUUGCUGUUAGCCGUGGAUACCUGCCAGACAACAGGGAUGCACGGAAUGCCAGGUAUUCCCGGGCUGCCUGGCAGAGACGGCCGUGACGGACAGAAAGGAGACAAAGGACAGAUAGGAGCAGUGUGGCACGGCGACCUCGGCCCUCAGAAGGGGGAGAAGGGGGAGAAGGGGGAGACGGGGCCGAUGGGGUUUCCUGGCAAACGAGGACAGAGCGGGAUAUCGGGAGAACCGGGGGUCCCAGGGAUUGGUGGUCCUCCAGGGGAACCAGGAGAACCAGGGACUGUUGAAGUCCAGCAGCAGGCGGCCUUCAGCGUGGCCAGAGGAACCAACAACUACCCGGACAAAUCCAGCGUCAUUCGGUUCACCAAAGUCAUCACCAACAUCAACAAUGACUACAACACCGAGACAGGACGCUUCAGGUGUCGGGUCCCGGGAACGUACUACUUUGUGUACCACGCCUCGUUAGAUGAGCGGCUGUGUGUGCUGAUGAAGCUGGACGGAAUGCAGCUCGCAGCGUUCUGCGAUCAUCGCCGCAUCAGGAGACAGGUGACUUCUGGCAGCCUGGCGGUCUACCUGUCGAGGGAUCAGGAGGUUUGGCUGGAGACCAAAGACUACAGAGGGAUGAGAGGAAAACCGGAAGGUUACAGCAUCUUUUCCGGCUUCCUGGUGCAACAUCACUGACACGAAACAGCCUCUAUACUCACUUCUUAAUGAACUGUUUUACAGCAAGUCUGAAACUAAAAGCAAAAUAAAGUCUUCCCUUCCUUCA